UGACUAAAGUAAUAUUUUAAGCUCUACCCUGUCUUUCUGCAGGGUGUGCUGAUCUCCAAGCCCUGGACACAAUGCAGCCAACUGAGAGGAAAAGGCAGGGCUAUAUUCACGAGCUGAUUCAGACAGAAGAGCGGUACAUGGAUGACCUGCAGCUCGUCAUUGAGGUUUUUCAGAAACGGAUGGCAGAGUCGGGCUUUCUCACUGAAGGAGAGAUGGCCUUAAUCUUUGUUAACUGGAAAGAGCUCAUCAUGUCCAACACAAAGCUGCUGAAGGCCCUGAGAGUGCGGAAGAAGACCGGGGGUGAAAAGAUGCCUGUGCAGAUGAUUGGGGACAUCCUGGCGGCCGAGCUGUCCCACAUGCAGGCCUACAUCCGGUUCUGCAGCUGUCAGCUUAAUGGAGCGGCUCUGUUACAGCAGAAGACCGAUGAAGACGCAGACUUCAAAGAAUUUUUAAAGAAGCUGGCGUCCGACGCACGCUGUAAAGGCAUGCCCCUCUCCAGCUUCCUGCUGAAGCCCAUGCAGAGGAUCACCCGCUACCCUCUGAUCAUCAGAAGUAUCCUGGAAAACACACCCCAGAGCCACGUGGACCACUCCUCCCUCAAACUGGCCCUGGAGCGGGCUGAGGAGCUGUGCUCACAGGUGAAUGAGGGAGUUCGAGAGAAGGAAAACUCAGACCGGCUGGAGUGGAUUCAGGCGCAUGUCCAGUGCGAAGGUCUCGCAGAGCAACUUAUUUUCAACUCCCUCACCAACUGCUUGGGGCCCCGGAAGCUUCUGCACAAUGGAAAGCUAUACAAGACCAAGAGCAACAAGGAGCUACACGGGUUCCUUUUCAAUGACUUCUUGCUUCUCACCUACAUGGCCAAGCAGUUUGCUGUUUCCUCUGGCUCUGAGAAACUUUUCAGCUCCAAGUCCAACGCUCAGUUCAAAAUGUAUAAGACGCCCAUUUUCCUGAAUGAAGUGUUGGUGAAACUUCCACAGACCCUUCCAGCGAUGAGCCUGUCUUCCACAUUUCCCACAUUGACCGGGACAGCCUGGGUGCAGAAGAUCAAGGCGGCAUCUGAGCAGUAUAUCGACACUGAGAAGAAGAAACGAGAGAGGGCUUAUCAAG